GAAAAGCACAAUCGCUGAAUUUAGCAUAUAUUGUUGUACCCAAUUGUGACAAUAAUUUUUGUAUUGUUCACCUCUUGUUUAUCUGUGCUAAAGACUAUCUCUCGAGCUUCAAGCGUGUAUUUUAUUUUUGGCCUUCUUUCUCGCACGUUGUAAUCAGCUGUUGUAUCCUAGUCUCGUGAUUUUUUUCGAUGUCAUGAGGCUAGCAUUAAAUAUACUCCUUCUACUAGGGUCGCUUUUUAUCUGAUUGCUAGAGUAACGGGACUGACAUCCGUUAUCCCGCGAAGUGUUAUGUUUAAUAGGUACUACUACAAUGGCGAGAAACUGCUAGGAACACGCAGCAAAUUAGUAACUGUUGGGUACAAUGUGCCGUAUUCGGAGAACCUUUCAGCGAUUAGUAAAAUGAAGUUAUGUAUAUGGCAAAGAGAUGUUGAAGUCAAAUUUCAUUGUACCAGCCUAUGCUCAUAGGCCUGAAUAUCCUUUAUUGUGCUUGGAAUAAUACCAGCGAUUGUAACUGCAGCCGCCAACAUAUUAUUUCCCUGGAAGUUGUAGUUGUGAUAAAAUUUUACCGGACAAAUGCUAGUUAAGUGAUAUCCUCUCUUCCAUUCAACAAAAGAGAAAAACAGUUUCGAGAAAAAUGUAGUUUAACUGUUCUGUUUCUACGUGAUGUUCCAUUGGAAUAUCUUAAUCAACUUGUCCAAACUAUUUUUCCUUGUCAUCUUCGGCUAUAAUUACUUUAAGCUGUCAUGAUGAGUUCAAACAUAUGUUAGAUAUCUUCUUAUGAUGGAAUCAAUUAAAUCUGUUUCGUUUUGUAUCACUGUAGAUCUUUUAAUUUUCUUAUAUAGUUAGUAUUAGAUUUUGGUUUGUGGUCUGUCUAUGCCACUGAAUAUUUUUACUUGACUUGGGAUUUACCUAAAUAAACUAGCCUGUUUAUUUAAACACUAUUGCCGGGUUUUUUUUUACUGUUAACACUUCAGAAACUACCUUUUAUAUGAUUACUGUAAUAACCUAAUUUUUCAGCUUUUGAGAUAUCUGUAAUUUCCAAGUUAAAUCGAAACAACUAUUCUCAUUGUAUUGAGGUUUGAAGUUAUUCAAUUCCAACAAGUGUUCCUCACAGUUUUACCAACCUUGUUACGUGACAGUAUGUCCACGUCAAAUAUUCUGCUGGUGACAGGGAGGCCAGGUAUCGGUAAAACCACUCUAGUUUCUCGUGUCUUUGAAGAGCUUUUCAAAAAUGGGAUACAUACAGUUGGCUUUAAAACAGAAGAAGUUCGACAGUUGUAUUCAGGAAAGUCUUCUCGUUUAGGAUUUGAUAUAGUUCUAUUCGAUUCAUCUCGAACAUAUCCUAGAGCUUCAUUAGCUCGUAUAUCUAGCCAGUCAGGUCAACAAGUACAACGUCAACCCCGUGUUGGUCAAUACCUUGUAGAUAUACCAUCAUUUGAGAGUUUGGCUAUUCCUUGUCUACAGUCGAUUCUAAAUAAUUUGGAAAAUGUUUCUUCCAAUUCAAAUUCAACAAAAAAAAAUAAUCUCAUAGUUUGUAUCAUUGAUGAAAUUGGUAAAAUGGAGUUAUGCUCAACAAAGUUCACUUGUUGCAUUGAAAAGCUAAUUUCAUCAAUUGUAAAUUUGUCUACAAAUAAUCAACGUAACGUCGUAAAACGUCCUACAAUUGUUCUUUUGGCUACUGUACCAUCAUCGAAAAGACAAGAUGGUACACGUGGAAUUCCACUUGUCGAUCGUAUCUGUUCAAUGAAAGAAGCUUUGAUAACUGAGAUUGAUAUAUCGAAUCGUGAUGCGACUGUCCAAGAAAUCACCAAGAGAAUAUUGAAUUGUGGAUCUUUGUAGAUUACUACUUUAUAUUUUAUUAUUGGUUCACAUGGGGGUCCUUACACACAAUACACUCAUUUAAAAAAAAAGCUAUAUUUUUUUCAACUGCAAUUAAUAAACGUAUUUCGGGUGUGUUUUCUUAUUACUUGAGUUCGUGUGUUACUCUACAUCUACUACUCUAGGAUUUGCGCUAAUAAUUUCAUCUAGUCAUGCUAAUGGGAUAUGGUCACGUGAACAAUUGUACACAUGUGCCAGAUCCGUCGCAUCGCGCUUAAUUAAUUGAAUCAAAAGAUGCUUCAUUUCUAAAUCAACCAACGAUUUAUAAGCACUAUGAUGACGAUUAAAGUUCUCAAUUGGAAUCCAAGUCAAAUGUAUAUAUAUAUGUAUUAAAAAAUAAUAGUGAAUCACUUGAUAUUGUUGCUUACAAAUCUAACUGGGUUGUUCAAUAGAGUUAUCAUUUAAAUAAUCAUAAUUUUGCAUUUCAUGUAUAAAUAAUUCCUAAUAAUCAUUGAUUAAUAAACGUCAUAACAUUGUGCUUCAAGGAUCAACUUUUCUUUACUGUUGAUAAUUGUUGGUAUUUGCCAUUAUUUCUUGUUGAAUUGAUUAAGUUUCCUUGAGAA